CACCCCCCCUCCUCAUCCCUCAUCACUUUCUCUAAUAUCAAACUUAGAAUUUCUCUACCAUUCAAACAAAAAAAAAAAAACUCACAAUUUCUCUAUCUAGGUCUAUACCUAUACAGUAUCAUCCAUGGAGCUCCAAGAAGCUGCCUCAGCCGGCUUGAAGAGUAUGGAACAUCUGAUCCGUCUCAUCUCUCACCAAUCUCAACAACCCCAACCCUCAGAUCAUUUGAUGAUGAAUUGCAGAGAACUCACUGAUUUAACCCUCUCUAAUUUCAACAAAGUCGUCUCCAAUUUGAACCGGACCGGCCACGCCCGUUUCCGUCGCGGUCCGGUUUACCCUCAUCCUUCUUCAUCUCCUCAAACCCCAACCCUAGGUUCGGCGAGCUCCGGUCAAAAUCAGAGUCAGGCGUUGACUCUGGACUUCACAAAACCUAAUCCGACGAGUUCAGAUAAGCCUGACAGCGCCGAGAUGGUGGUUUCAGCGAGUCAACUCACAAAGGAGACUACUUUGAGCAUGUCCUCGACAAACUCGUCGAUGUUCAUGUCGUCGAUCACCGGCGAGGGGAGCGUAUCGAACGGGAAGCUAGGAUCGUCAUUCUUCUUGGCGGCUCCUGAACCGGCCGUUUCCGGCGGGAAACCACCGCUCUCGGCGUCGCAUAAGAGGUGUCGCGAUGAUCACUCACAAGACGUCUCCGGCAAAACGUCCGGCUCAAGCAGCUAUCACUGCUCUAAGAAGAGGAAAUCGCGGGUGAAGAAAACAAUCAGAAUCCCGGCAAUUAGUUCGAAAGUCGCCGACAUUCCUCCGGAUGAAUACUCGUGGAGGAAGUACGGCCAAAAGCCAAUCAAAGGAUCGCCAUACCCACGGGGCUAUUAUAAGUGCAGUAGCGUGAGAGGAUGUCCCGCGAGGAAACACGUGGAGAGGGCCAAAGAUGAUCCGGCGAUGCUGGUAGUCACGUACGAGGGGGAGCAUCGUCACUCACAACCUGCGAAGCAGGAGAAUGUGGCCCUAGAUCUAGGACUCGUGCUCGAGUCAACUUAAAAUAAAGUGGAAAAAAAUUAGAAAAGCAAAAAGUAGGGCUUCCAACCAAUGGAAAUUUUGGAAGGAAUAGACGGCAUAAUAGGACAAGUAAUUGUUUAGAUAAUUAGAUUCUCAAUGUAAUCAUCUGAUUAAUUUUAUUCAAUUUUAACUGUUUAAGAUUCGUUC